CUCCGACCUCCACAACGAUGGCCUCCCAACCUCCCAAACUGAUAAUUGACGAAUUUAUAGGGACCGCGCUGUCAGCUACGCCCGCGGAACUUCAUCCGUUCUUUGAGUCGUUUAGGAAUUUGUAUACGCGCAAGCUAUGGCAUCAACUCACACAAAAGCUCUUCCAGUUCUUCGAUCACCCACUUGCGAGGCCGUAUAGGGUCGAUGUGUUUGAGCGGUUUGUGAGGGAUUUUGAAGGGAAGAUUAAUCAGUUGAAGUUGGUUGAGAUGGGUGUGAAGGUUUCGAAGGAUAUUGAUAACCCCCAAGUCCACCUAACAUUCCUAACAUCCCUCCUCUCCCGCAUCGACACCUCAAAAUCGCAAGAAGCCCAUGUUUUACUGCUCGCUACCAUCGCGCACGCCAAGCUGCUCUACGGAGAUGUUGAAGGCACGAAGACGGAUAUGGAUGAAGCGUGGAAGAUCCUUGAUUCGCUGGAGGGCGUGGAGAAUGCUGUUAAUGCGGCUUAUUAUGGCGUUGCGGCUGAUUAUUAUAAGGCAAAAGCGGACUACGCGCCGUAUUACAAACACUCGCUUCUUUACCUUGCUUGUGUGGAUCCGGAGAAAGAUUUGUCGGCUGAGGAAAGGCUGGGGAGGGCACAUGAUUUGGGGAUAUCGGCUUUUCUUGGGGAUACGAUUUAUAAUUUUGGUGAAUUGUUGAUGCACCCCAUUCUGGAUGCGUUGAACGGCACACAACAUGAAUGGAUCAAGAAACUUUUGUUCACGUUUAAUGAGGGGAAUAUUGGAAAGUUUGAGGCGCUUGCUCCGCUAUUCCCCAAGGAGCCAAUCCUCCAAGAAAACUAUGCCUUUCUCCAGCAGAAGAUUUGUCUGAUGGCGCUUAUUGAGUCAGUGUUCAAGAGGAACGCGGAUAAUCGGACGAUGAGUUUCCAGACUAUCGCGGAGGAGACGAGGCUGCCUGUGGAUGAGGUCGAGCAUCUUGUUAUGAAGGCGCUGAGCCUGAAACUUAUCCGUGGAUCUCUGGAUCAGGUCGAUCAAAAGGCGCAGAUAACCUGGGUACAGCCGCGCGUUCUUUCGCGGGAGCAGAUUGGGGGGCUCGCGAAGAGGCUGGAGAAGUGGGUUGAUAAAUUGAAUACGGUUGAGCAGAGAAUUGCGCCUGAGGUGUUGGUUACUGCUUAAAUUUGGAUGAUGUGUAUUAUAAAGUAGUAAUUGUUACAAGCCUUCCUUGAC